GGAUCACCACUUUGCACAAAGCGCCGUCUCCCCCCGCCCACGUUAAUCAGGCUGGACGGAAUACGAACUUCGGAAAGCGCUCCUACCAACCAGAGGCGCUGAAGCUUACAACCCAUCAAUUGCUUAACUGGCUGUCGCUCCCUGGGACGCCGCCUCUCCCCCUUCUCGACACUAGCCCGCACCAGCCGACCAUUGUCAAGCUCGACCACAGCACACAACACCACUCGAAUCCCAUCCGCCCUCCCGUCCUCUGCGACAUCACACAAAAAUGCAUGCUCGCGACUCGGCGCCAUGGGCGCUCAUCACAUCGCUGCUUGCGACAUCGCAGGUAGCAUCGGCUUUCUACCUGCCGGGCGUAGCGCCAACUUCAUACAAGAAGGGCGACAUUGUCCCCCUCAACGUCAACAGCGUCAAGCCCGUCAUUGCGAGUCAAGACUACCGCAUGCACUCUGUGCUCUCAUACGACUACUACCAUCCUGGGUUUGGCUUCUGCCGGCCCAACGGCGGCCCCAAGUACAUCCAGGAGAGUCUGGGCAGCAUCCUCUUUGGCGACCGCAUCAUGACGUCGCCCUUUGAGCUCAAGAUGGGCGUGGACGAGUCGUGCAAACAGCUGUGCCCGCAAAAGUAUAGCGAGGAGAUGAUUGAAUUCCUCGUGCCCAAGAUCGCCAAUGACUACGCGCUCAACUGGCUCAUCGACGGCCUGCCCGCCGGCCAGAUCAUGGAGGACGACCUGACCAACACGCAGUACUACAGCCCUGGCUUCCUGCUCGGCCAGCAGAGCGAGCAAGAACCCCAACCCGAACACUAUGCCUUCAACAACCACUACGACAUCACCGUCGAAUACCACCGCGUCAGUGGCAAGGACGACCAGCUCCGCGUUGUCGGCGCCGUCGUCUCCCCCUCGUCCCGCAAGUACACUGGCGAGCCCGACUGCCGCGACGACCUCGACGAGCUAGUCAUCCGCACGGGAGACAAGGUCCUCGAUGUCAGGUUUACCUACAGCGUGCAGUGGAGGGAGUCGCCGACUGCGUGGGCCACGCGCUGGGACAAGUACCUGCACGUCUUUGACCCCAAGAUCCACUGGUUCUGGCUGAUUGACACGGCCAUCUUUGUCGCCAUCCUCGUCCUCACCGUCAUGUCGGUGCUUGUGCGCACGCUCAAGAAGGACAUUUCGCGCUACAACCGCCUCGACCAGAUCAACCUCGACGACCUUAGCGGCACGGCUGCCUUUGACGACGGCGUACAAGAGGACUCUGGCUGGAAGCUUGUGCACGGCGACGUCUUCCGCGCCCCCUCGCACCGCCUUAUGCUCUCUGUCCUGCUCGGCAACGGUGUACAGUUGUCCGUCAUUGCUGGCCUCACUAUCCUCUUUGCGCUGCUCGGCUUCCUGUCCCCGUCUAACCGUGGCUCGCUCGGCACCAUUAGUGUCCUGCUGUACACCCUACUCAGCUUCAUUGGUGGCUACGUGUCGGCGCGCGUGUACAAGAACCUCGGCGGCGAGCAGUGGAAGCUCAACAUGGCGCUGACGCCGUCGCUCGUUCCCGGUGUCGUCUUCUGCACCUUCUUCUUCCUCAACCUGUUCCUCUGGGCCAAGCAGUCGUCCGGCGCCGUGCCCCUCAGCACCAUGAUUGUCCUCAUUGGCAUCUGGUUCGUCAUGUCCAUCCCACUCUCCGUCGCCGGCUCAUGGGUCGGUUUCCGCAGCCCCGUCAUCGAAGCGCCCGUCCGCACCAACCAGAUCCCGCGCCAGAUCCCGCCUACCCAGACAUACCUCAAGCCGAUCCCCAGCGUCUUCAUUGUCGGCCUGUUGCCCUUCCUGGCCAUCUUUGUCGAGCUCUCGUUCGUCAUGUCCUCUAUCUGGUUCAGCAGAAUCUACUACAUGUUUGGCUUCCUCUUUGUCUGCUACGCCCUUAUGAUUGCCGUCGCCGCCUCGUCCACCAUCCUGCUCACUUACUUCUUGCUCUGCUCCGAAAACUACAACUGGCAGUGGCGCGCGUUCCUUGCCUCCGCCAUGUCCGGCGUCUACAUCUUCAUCUACAGCUUGGUCAACCUCUUUGGCAAGAUUAGCUUCAGCGGCUUCGCUGGCGUUGUUCUGUAUCUCGGCUACAGCGCCCUCAUCUCCCUGCUCUUUGGCAUCCUCGCUGGCUCCAUUGGUUACUUUGCCAGUUGGUGGUUUGUCCAGCGCAUCUACUCCUCCAUCAAGGUGGACUAAACCAAACACUACAAGACACUUUUAACAAGAAACAAAAACUGUAAAAACACCACUACCACAAGACCCCUGCGAUUCGACUUCUUUCACGGUGUAAUUUAGGGAUUCAAAAGCAGACCAAAGAUAGCAUUAUAGAACGCGUUAAUUUCAUUUCUUUUUUU